UUUUACAAAAAAACACAUAUUGUUUGAUUUUCCCUAACAAGGACGAAAAAUGUACAUAUUGUUGGAUCAUAUCUUAUAUAUUGUUUCCAUUUUAACAAGGAUGAAAAUUGUACAUCGAAUCCUAUAUUAGCAGAGAAAUAAUUUAGUAACUAAAUCGCAAAGAAGACCUAAUGGAUCUGCGUGUUAGCCUUCCGUGGGAACUAGAGGAAGAUAUACUCUCUCGCCUUCCACCUCAAUCUCUUGUCCGAUUCAGAGCAGUGUCUAAGAGAUGGAACUCUCUUGUUAACGACAAGAGUUUCAUCAACAAGCACUUGUCUCUCUCCCGUCCCCAGUUUAUCUUCCUAACCAAAUCAAAGAUUUAUUCGAUAGACAUCAUCGAUCAAAGGAUAAAAUUGCGUGAGCUACAAUCUUCUUGCAGCCGGGAAUUAAAUUCGACAUAUGGAACCAUCACUACUUGCGAUGAUCUCUUGUUCUGUAAAUAUCCAGACCAUUGGAAGAAGGAGACAGCGCUCUGGAAUCCAUGGUUGAGACAGGUUAACUGGAUCAAGUUGUCCGAGCACAAAGACUUCGAAGUUUUCGGCUUAGGAUACGAUAGUAGUGGACCCCAAAAGGUUCACAAGAUUUUAUUCUACUUAGGUUACUACUCCCAGAGGCAGAGAGUUUGGAUGUACGAGUGUGCCUCUCAAGCGUUGAAGUUUAUUGAUACAGCUGACGAGGACAGGCCCAUAACUGAAACAGAUAAACGGUCACCUGUGUCCUUGUAUGGAAAUUUGUAUUGGAUUACUUACAAUCGCCAGACUCAUGAAUAUUUCAUCCAAAGCUUUGAUUUCACUAGGGAUAUUUUCAAACCCGUUUGUCUCGUUCCCUUUCAAGAUAACCAUUGUCUCGAUCAAAAUCUCCUUGCGGUUUGGAAAGGAGAUCGGUUUUCGUUGUUAAAGCAGUCCUUUUUAACAAGGAAGAUUGAGAUUUGGGUAAUGGAGAAUAAGAUUGAUGAUAAAGAGGAAGUGGUUUGGCUAAACUUGAUGACUUUAACAGCAAGUAACUUGCCAGAGUUGUUUCAUAAGAUGUAUGGCGUUAGUUACUUCAUCUAUGACAUGACCCUAUUCAUGUGUUGUGGCGACGAUGAAACUAGUGAGCCUUGCAUCUACAUAGGGAAGGGAGACGUGUGCAAUAAGAUUCAGAUAGGUUGUGGCCAGGUCGGUUGGUUUUCUCACUGUGCCUAUGUUCCAAAUUUGAUCUCAGUUCCUUUAGAAUUUCAGAUUUGA